AUGAUGCGCGAGGGCAUGAUUGGCGCGCCUGCCGAACGGGUUCGGACGGGGACAGUCUGGCGUAAACUGGCACGGCUCUUUCUACUCACCUCAUGCUCUGUCUUGGUCUUCUAUACCAGUCUGAACAGACAGCUACAAGAGGGCAAGCAUGUGCACCCUUCUUAUGUGGAAAGGGCCAUCCAAAGGUGCAGGGAGAAGGACCGCCCGGCCGGACCUCCUCCAGACUUCCAUGAUCGAGAGACGUCGGACCGCUUUCAGCCCGGGACAGCGCCUGUACUCAUUCGCAAUGCCCGUAUCUGGACGGGUGAACACAACGGGACGGAGGCCGUUUCUGGCGAUAUCUUACUGAAAGAUGGACUCAUUGCUGCUAUUGUGACUCUUGGCUUAGACUCAGCCGCACAGUCUAAGGAUGAGCUGGUAGUCCAACGCGCCAUGGAGGACACCGAUCUUGAAGUAAUCGACGCGAAAGGCCGCUGGAUCACUCCCGGCAUUGUCGACAUACACUCGCAUCUUGGAGUAUAUUCUUCACCUGGACUAGCUGGAGCAGCCGACGGGAACUCGCUGAAAGGACCUAUCGUGCCCUGGGUUCGCGCCCUUGACGCCUUGAACACACACGAUGAUGGCUACGCUAUCUCUGUGGCGGGAGGAGUUACAACUUCAAUGAUCCUUCCAGGGUCCUUGAAUGCCAUAGGCGGUCAGGCCAUUGUUAUCAAGUUACGACCUACAGCGGAGAGGUCACCAAGCUCCAUGUUGCUGGAGUCGGCGAUCGGCGAGAAUGGUUUGCUCUCUCCCAACCAGAGCUACGUCCCUUGGCGUCACAUGAAGCAUGCUUGUGGCGAGAACCCACAGCGAUACUACGGCAACACACGCAUGGACAACUUCUGGGCAUUCCGUCAAGCGUACGAUACUGCGAGACAGAUCAAGGAGAACCAAGACGCCUUCUGCGAAAAGGCGGACUCCGGUCACUGGGAUAACCUCGGAGAAUACCCUGACGACCUACAAUGGGAAUCCUUGGUCGAUGUUCUUCGUGGCCGCGUGAAGAUUCAUGUACAUUGCUAUGAGCCUGUGGAUAUCGACGAUCUGGUCCGGCUCUCGAAGGAGUUCAAGUUCCCCAUUGCCGCCGUUCAUCAUGGCGAUGAGACCUUCUUGGUCUCAGAUGUACUCAAAAGAGCCUAUGGAGGCACCCCUGCAACGGCACAUUUCGCAACUCUAGCUAGAGCGACGCGGGAAUCGUACCGCCACUCGGAGUUCGCACCGCGCAUCCUAGCUGACGCCGGUAUUCCGGUCAUCAUGAAGAGCGACCAUGGCGUUGUCAACUCCAGGUACCUCAUGUUCGAAGCUCAGCAAGCACACUACUACGGUCUUCCGGAGAACUUAGCUCUCGCAUCUGUCACGAGCGAGCCGGCAAAGGCGAUGGGACUGGACCAUCGUAUUGGUUUCGUCAAGGCAGGAUGGGAUGCAGAUCUCAUCCUGUGGGAUAGUCAUCCCUUGACCCUCGGCGCUACACCCACCCAGGUCUUCGUUGAUGGGAUCCCACAGCUCACGAAUCCUACAAUCCUUGGCAAACCAACGGACCUCCUGGUAGCGCCGAAGGUGCCCAACUUCGAUCGCGAGGCUGUUGAGGCAGUCGAGUACGAGGGCCUUCCACCGCUCACACCGAACGCCACGUCCGCCCCAGUGGUCGUCUUCGAGAACAUCAAGACCCUCAUACUCCCGUUCUCCGAAGCAGACGAAAUGCAGGACGACUAUUCAACAUCUGAGUUUCCCAGCUUCGGCUGCGCCAUCUUCCGCCAUGGAGAGCUCGAAUGGUUCGGACCUGUGCGGGCGUGCGCACGACGCGUAGCGCUGGAGCGUACGGUUGAGUUCGUGAACCUUCAUGGGGGUACUAUCUCGCCUGGUCUGACGACCUUCGGAUCUGAGCUGGGUCUUUCGGAGAUGCGCUACGAAGACUCGACUCGCGAUGGACCCGCGCGCUCGACUAUUGACGAUCUCAUCAACCCAACAUCAGGCGGGCCGCGUUAUCGCCUCAUCCGGGCGGCUGAUGGUCUACAGUUUGGCGGACGGGAUACGCUAUACGCCUAUCGCGCAGGCGUGACUAGGGCAAUCGCGACCCCUCUAGGAGCUAACUUUAGGAAAGGCUUCGGCGUCGCUUUCUCGACGGGCGUUGCACACAGGCUAGAGAACAGUUCGAUCAUCCAGGAUAUUACUGCGCUACACGUCGAGAUUAAUCAUGUGCGCGGUAAUGGUGCACCUAGUAUCAGUACCCAGAUCGCAGCUCUACGCCGUCUACUCCAGGGUCAUGCGCCAGAACCCGAGCUUGCAGCUGCCGGCUUGCAAGUUGUCCAGGGCGCUAUCCCGAUCGUCGUGCAUACGGAGAGUGCCGACCAGAUCGCCUCCCUCAUCGCCCUCAAGGCAGAAGUCGAAGAGGAGACUGGAACUCAUCUGCGUAUGACGAUUGCUGGUGGGACGGAGGCGCAUCUCCUGGCGCAGGAGCUAGCCGGCGCCGGAAUUGGUGUUAUUCUGCUCCGUCCGCGUCCCUAUCCCAGUGGCUGGGAAUCGCGCAGGAUCAUGCCGGGCCCACCAAUCAGUCAAGCGAGCGCGCUCAAGACGUUGCGUGCGCACGGUGUUACGGUAGCAAUCGGAUGCAACGAGGCCUGGAAAGCACGUAACACUCGUUUUGAACUUGGAUGGGCCGCCCUUGAAGCGAAUGGUAGCAUAUCGAGGACGCAAGCGCUUGCGUUGGGCUCUGUGAUACUCGAAUUCCUAUUGGGCGUCAACAGCGGCGCGCCGGGCAUGCGCGAGCUCGUAGCGACAGACGGCGGUGACUUGUUGCAAUUUGAGAGCAAAGUCGUUGGGAUUAUUUCGCCUGCUCGUAGACGUGUGGACUUGUUUUGA